AUGUCUUUGACGCAAAUAAACCGCUUGCUUGUACUUAAUCGACAAACCUAUACUUCAAUUCCCAACUCGAUUCGAACCUUAUCAACAACGAAAGAUGUUCCAUCAUUCCCUAUGCAACGCAAAUCUCCUCUUCGUCCUCCGCCGGAAUACACUCGUUUACGCAAAGAAGCACCUGUGAGUAAGGCAAAAAUCUGGGACGGUAGCUCAGUUUGGCUGGUAUCACGGCACAAGGAUGUAGUGAAAGUACUUACUGAUUCAUCAUUCAGUAAAGUACGUACACAUCCAGGAUUUCCCGAAACUGGACCUGGUGGUAAAGCAGCAGCUACUGCAACUAAACCGACUUUUGUCGAUAUGGAUCCACCUGAACAUACACAACAUCGGUCAAUGGUUGAAAACGAUUUUUCAGCAAAAAAUGUGGAAUCCUUACGGCCAAAACUUGAAAAAAUUGCGAAUGACUUAAUUGAUGAUAUGAAAAAGAAAAAACAACCGGUUGAUUUACAUGUGGCAUACUCGCUUCCUGUUCCAACAUUAAUGAUUUAUGAUAUGUUAGGAAUUCCUUACGAAGACCAUGAAUUUCUCGAACGGUGUAAUGCGAUUCGUACAAAUGGAAGCGCUACAUCUGCUGAAUCAUCAGCUGCCAGUCAAGAUCUAAUGAAUUAUCUUUCACGUUUAGCAGAAAAGAAGAAGAUAAAAGGUGGUAAUGACAUGAUCACUCGUCUUUUGAAACAAGUUCAUCAAGGAAAAUUGACGAAUGAUGAGCUUGUUGCGAUGACGUUUCUUCUUUUGGUAGCUGGAAAUGCAACAACAGCAAAUAUGAUCACACUUGGUGUUUUAACACUCGUUCAACAUCCAGAUCAAUUGAACGAACUGAAAAAGAAUCCAUCAUUAAUUAAAAGUGCUGUCGAAGAAAUCCUUCGUUACUUAACAGGAUCACAAUUUGCUACGCGACGAGUUGCUGUGAAAAAGGUUAAAAUUGGUAAUCAAACUAUCGAGAAAAAUCAAGGCGUUUGGGCGUUGAAUGCAUCAGCUAAUGAAGAUGAAGAUGUCUUCCCGAAUCCAACUACAUUUAACAUCCAUCGUCAACCAAAUCCACAUAUCGCCUUUGGCGAAGGCAUUCACAAAUGUGUAGCUGAACAUUUAGCACGUGCUGAAAUCGAAAUCGCUAUCAAUACUCUACUUCAGCGUUUACCCAAUCUUCAACUUGCUGUACCAUUAGAGAAAAUCCAGUACGUUAACGAUUCCUCACGAGAUUUCGGUGUUGAUGCUUUACCCAUCAAAUGGUAA